CUAAUUUAAGGCUUCAAGGCAAACGGUCAGGUGUUUAUCGAAUACCUAAAAUUGGUCUUCGGAAACGAGAUUACGUUGAAAGCAUAGGGUAAAAGAGAGAAGGCUAUGCCGAACGGAAGCUUAGUUUUACUUUAUAAACGUGAAGGCAACGUUUCUACGUAACGUCUACCCGGGAAAUCAAAAAGCGCUCUUAUGCAAAACCAACUUUCCAUGCUGCGUCCCGGAUGUAACGUUAGUAGCUUUAACGUCUCACAUAAACCGCAUCUGCAGGCGAGCGUUUGUGUAAAGAUAUAUGUUACUGAAGGACCAUGGGCAGCUACAGUGACUCCACCAGUGACCUGGAUGAGGCGUUGCCUGUGUUUGACUUCCUCCACCGGGCCUCACAGAGCCGACACGGGGAACCGAAUGCGGACGCCGCGGCCUCUGCGCCAAAGGGCCCGAGGGCGACGCAUGUGAUGACGAUCAGCAGCGAUUCGGAUGACGGCGAACCUUAUGUCCCUUUGGCGCAGCGACUCCAGCAGAGGCGAGACGACGCGGCGAGGGGAGACGCCGAGCGCCGCUUGCCAUCCAAUCCGGUCCACGCGCCAGAGCGUCCGCCCGGCCUCCACCAGGAGAGAUCAUCAGAUCGAGGGGUCUCACCUGGUGGAGCGGAGGAGACGGGUCUCCCGUGCCGACGGCAGCCUCCCGCUGACACCUCUCCCGUCAGGAGGAAACCCUCCACGCGAACGCAGGAGGAGGUCCGGGCCUCCCGGGAGGAGGCUCUGCGGAGGAGGCAGGCCCGGGAGGGACAGCAGAGGGACAAGGAGGCCCUGAGGCGGGAACAAGACCGACAGAAAGCAGAGAGGAAAGCUCUGGCCGAGGCGGCUAAGGCCCUGCGGCCCGAGGAGUGCAUCAAGCACAUGGUGGUGGCCGUGGACCCGGCCCUCUUACAGCUGGAGGGAGGCGGCACUCUGCUGGCGGCGGUGCAGGCCCUCGGCUGCAGCUGCGCCGUCGAGAAACAAGCCGUCCCACGCAGCGUCAGCUGGAUGAGGAGGGCCCCCAGUGCACAGCCAGGCGACGGAGGCGGCGUGCCAGAGGCCCACGUGGUGAUGCAGAUCACGGUUGACGACUUCAUCACUCUAGUCCACGGCUACGUUCAGGAGGGGAGGCGUGGCCGCUGCGACGCCACCCCGACCCUGACGUCCUGGGUGCAGGAGCAGCAGAGGCGUCACGUCGGGAAGCUCCUCAGCCUGGCGGUCAUCGACCUGGAGAAAUACUUCAGAGCCCAGAAGUCUCAGAGCCAGAAGCGCCUCCGGCAGGCGGUCGCUGGUGAGCAGCGAGGGGCGGGGAAAGCCAGGAAGAGGAAGAAGAGCGGCGGGGACGAGGCGCGACCCGAGGUGUCGCGAGUGGAUGUGGAGGAGGCGGUGGUGCACCUCCAGCUCCACACCGGCGUCUCCGUCCGCUUCCUGUCGACGUGGAAGGACUUCUCCGAUCACAUCGCCAUGACGACCAGAGCAGUCGCCGAAGCCCCUUUCAAGCGAGAGAGGGAGAAGACGGGCUUCUCGUUCCACCUGGAGAGCGAGUGGGCGGGGGGGCAGCGGUCGGACAGAGACGGGAAGGGCCUCCUGCAGGUGUGGAAGAGACAGAUCCAACAGUUGAACAGGGUCAGUCCGGACAUGGCCUCGGCCAUCCUGGCAGCUUACCCCUCCCCUCAGCUGCUGGCCCAGGCCUACGACCUCUGCGGGGGCGACGGCGAGCGGCUCUCCCUGCUGUCCGACCUGGUGAUCCGCCGAGGAGAAGGCGUCACGUCGACGACCCGCCGCGUGGGCCCCGAGCUUUCCAAGCGCCUCUUCCUCCUCAUGAGCUCCCGCGAGCCUCAGCGGGCCCUGGACGCCACCGUGUGACCUCAUCCAACGCCGCGGGGGCACUGUCUCUUUAGCUGUGUUUCAGUUUUAAACUAUGGCAUCGCACUGUUUUUAAAAAUCAUAUGUAUUAAAGUUUUAUUUUAUUUUUUUAAAUUUUUUUUUACAAUUCCUGAGAUUCACCUUCGU